AGACUCUAACCUAAAAGUUUGAGAUGUUUGCGUUUCGCCAUAACAUUAUGAAACUAAAACUAUCCUUGUAAGGAGAUUUGAGGCAGUUUUCUCAAAGUGAUUCAGCGGAAAUGUGCGAAAUACGCAGCUCUGGUUUACGCAAAAAUUUUCGAUCACUCGCGGCUAUAUAACGGUGAUAGUAUACUUCCAACUGGGGGUGUAAACAGGAUUCACAAAAAAUGGCCCUAUCCAGUUGGAUGUUGCGGUCCCAGCGCCUUGGACAUCAGAGCCGAAGGCCCAACUUUCGACCUGGCAACAAGAACAAGGAAGAGGAUCUGUUUACCACCUGCCUUAAGCUGGAACCCCAGGAAUGUUUCAAAGCCGUACUGAGCAAAUUUUGCGAGCAUCAUAUUGACGAGAAACUUCUUCUAAACUACUUGAAUGCUUUCGUCAAACUCCUAGCGCACUAUGAGGGUAAACUCAAAGAUACACAGUUCAGCAGGAAGGAUAUUCUCCUUUGCUUGCGGCUAACACUGCUGAACGAGUCGAGCAUCAUCCGAUCUGCAGGUCUGAGAUGCAUUCGGCAUACCAUUCAAGGCGAAGCUGAUGUUCUUCACAUCAACAGUCUAGUCAUUCCUUUCCUAAUUGCCAGGUCUCUUGAUGUUAAAAUGGACUUGGAGCGGCUCGAAUCAAUAAAACUAAUCAGAAAAAUCGUCACCUUAGCACCGUCGAAACUCGAUAUUGCUAUGGCCAGGAGUUUGGUGUCAUUAACCAAUGAAGGUACCGAAGGAAAAGAUCGAAUGCUCAGAAUCUGCUUGGCUACUUUAUCAGAAAUCGGUUUACUAAAUCCUCCCCUAUUCAUUGACUCUGGAGGCGUAACUGCAAUCACGCGAAACUUGAUCGACUGCCAAAUUCCGAAAAUUGCUGAAACAUUGUGCGGCAUUCUGCUACUGCUGCUGGAUCGGCCGGAAACCAGGAAUAAGGCACAUAUUGAUUUGCAUAGUUUUGCCGCUCCCUUUUGUGAUUUCCAUUACAAGCAUGUCUGGAAGGACAAGACUAGGGAUGAGCGCAAGCUUCGGCUGAACUGCAGCCGCCUUGCCCUGCUGACAAUCCUGAAAAGCUGGCCAGGAAUCAUGCAUUUUUGCAGCCCCAAAGAUCAAGGGGGAUUCAAGGCGAUUGUCGAUGUGCUUUUUUUAAAGCAGCGCGAAGUUCGGAAAGCCGUGCUGGAUCUGCUCUUUGAUCUGCUGGGGCUACAGCAGCCCGAAUGGACGGAUGAGCUGUCUGUAGCUCUCAGCGCAAUAGAUCCAUGCGAACUCCAAUCCUCCUGGAGGCUUAAAGAGGACUUUGUGGCAGCUGAGGGCAAAUCAGUGCUGCCCCAUUUGGCCAAAACCACCCCAUCGCCUACCGAAAUGCAUUUAGCGCUCUUAUUGUACUGCUUUCUCGAGAGUGGACUCUUGGCCGCUUUAACUGAGGUCAUUACCCACAGUGAUACAUUUAUUAGUGUUCGAGCCACUGUUCUUUUGAGCGAGCUCCUAAGACUGAUUCAAUUGUAUUUGCCUCCGGGCUGCUGCAACGUGUCACCCUCUUUGCCAACUCUUCUGGAUUAUGCGACCCAAAGCAAACCUCAAGCUAUGGCUGCCAUCACAGCUCUUCAGCAGUUGCACAAAUUGAUGCAAAAGAGACCCGCAUCGUAUAGUUUGCAUCUGGAUCUGAUAAUUAGGAACAGCUCCAACAGAAAAGGAAAGCAAAAGCUGGGCAGCCAUAUUAGGAGUAAAGGGUUGAAGUCAAGAUUCAACCAAGUGAAAGCAGCUUUAAAGGACGGGGACGAUGUGGUUAAGGAAACCGGCGUGUUGGCGAGCAAGGAAGUGAAACUGUGGAACUGGAAUUUGAUAAAAAUGAUACUGAAGGGGGAACGAGGCUAUAAGCUGGACUUGACGGACUCUUCGCACAAAUUGUUCCUGAAGCGCCUACUCGAAUUCUUCACCCCUUCGCAAAAUAAAUACUCGCAUAUGGAUCUGGGCAGCUCACCCAGCGAUUCCAUGCACGUAACAACCAGUGGAAUAGAAUUUAUCAAUUUCCUGGUUGCGGUCAAAGAGCCAGAUUGUCAGAACAUGGCCAUACACCUGUUUAAAGACAUUCACGCCCAAAUUGCUGCCCUUUCCUCCAGUAGAAGUGUUCACGACUGUCUCUUCAGUCCAUCCCACAUGAUCAACACCCACUGCCAAAGCUACUUCCUCUUCAUCGGCCAGUUUGCCCGAACUGAUUCUGGGCGGGCUGUUUUGGAACGUAUCAAUAUGUUUUCGCUCCUGCAAGAAUUAGCUACCACCACCCGUCAUGCGACCUACGUAAAGCUGAUCAUCUCCUCUCUGGACUACAGUUGUCCUGGCCCGGCCCGCAACAUAUUAGAUGCAGUUCUCAGCUGCGAUGUGGAGAGUUCCAGACUUUAUGCUACGCAAUUUCUGCUGGUUCUACUUCGAGCGCGCUAUCCGUGCUUUGCUGUUUAUGCGGUGAGGCUACUUUGCAGGCAAUUGGACGACAGAUGCAGGAAAGUGACCUUGUCAGCUCUAACAACUCUACUCGAAGCAUGUGAGUUGCCCGACUGUCUGGACACCUUAACAGAUCUAUCGCCAAAUUUUGCAAAGUCGGGCGAAAAGGGCGAGCUGCUGGCCAUCAAGUUGCUUUCAACAGAAAAAGGGUUUAUGAAAAAUUCCGAAGACAAGAUUCUGGAGGUGAUUGCGAAUUGGAACUCCCACAUGAACUACCGAUAUGUGAAGAUAAUCGAGGGCGAAAUAUCAGAUUCGUUGACUUUGCAUCAGAAAAGUGAGGACGGAAGGUACGAGAGGGUGGUCUCUAACGUGGGGACCAGAGGCAACUAUAGAAGAGACAUAUUCCUUCCUCCUCAUCUUUACGGGCAGCUGAACCAGCACCAUGACGGGUUUCAAAUGCUGACGGCAAGUGGCUCAGUAACGCGAUUGGUCGAGCUCAUUCAUAAAGGAGAAAGUCACACCGAAGGCGGCAUUUUAAAGCUGAAAGCCGCGCUUUGGGCCGUGGGCCAUCUAAGUACUUCGAGUAUAGGAUUCGCCUAUUUAAAGUCGUUAGAAUUCGCCAGUGGGAUGAUUCGACUUGCCACUAAGUGUUCAGUCUACGGCGUCAGAAGUACCGCGUUCUAUGCCCUUGGGUUGGUAGCUAGCACUCCUUUUGGAGCCGACGAGCUGUGCUUGAAUGGAUGGUUGGCAGCACGACACGAUAGGCACGACCAAUGGCCGGUUUUGGAAGAGGAGCUUCAAGACUCUUUGGACAUUUCCUAUUUCACUUCGGCCGUCUGGGGACAAUGGAGGAAACCGCAAAACCACGCUGCUCAGGCGGAAGACGAAGCCACUCUAAGCGAGGACGAUGAGCGACUGAUCGAUUGUGAAACUUCUCCGGACUUCAGCUGUGACAUCAGAAAACUGAAACAACGGACUUUGCCAUCCACUCGAACGCCUCCUGAAACUUGCCACAAAAGGUCUCUGUCUGAGUCGAAAACGUUUGCUACUAGCAACAGUUUUGAUGCUGAGCAGCGAUUUGGGCCCUACGACAAUGUUAUUAUGCGGCAACGAAAUAGCUCAAUCACUGAGAGUACCACAUCCGGUGUUAGUUCCUGCGAUUCAUUGCCGAAUCGACAAGGGGGCGCUGCAUCUUACCUGCAGACGCUCAGCCCCAUUCCUAGCUCGACUAGCUUGAGCAUUUUGCGGCUGCCUAAUCAGGCAGAGAGGCAUUCGCAUCGCGUUUCUUCGAAUAGUGCUGGUUCCGAGGCAUCUACGUCCUCUUUGUCGGGCACCAAUGCCAACGAGUUGAGUCUGCAAAACAUGCUCGGCUACCAGACAAUUCGCUACAUUAGGCGGAGGGACUCGCUCAACUUUACUCGCACGGAACGCGACGACUAUCUCUUCAGACCUCCACCACAGUCCCGUCGGUCGCUGACAUCCGAAACUCUAAGCAACACAGAGCCGUGUGCCACUAUACACUAUUCUAGCUUUACAUCAUAUAAAUUCGAUCCUAUUUACGAGCCUGCCAAAGUGUACAAGCCUAAAGAUGCGGUUUACAGGGGCAUUUGCCUGCCUAAGUCCUUAAACGACAUGUUUCCCACUGAGCCAGAGCCUUACGGCUCGCUAGCCGAUGCAAUGUCCCAGCUAGCCGUUCCCCCGAAUAAGGAUGCCGACAGCUGGAAGCACUUCAAAGACACAUGCCUACUCUGCAGCCAAAAUUCAACUGCUGAAGUUGAAGAUUUUAGUGAAAGUCCAGUGAAAGAAGAGAUUUUAAAAGUGUCCGAACGCCUAGGAAACCCGGUGAUGAGCAGAACAUACAAAAAUCAAUUGCUAAGGUUGAAGCAGAAGGAUUCGGCGAUGUUCAAAGACGUGUGCGUUUACUCGGAGGUGUGCAAGAUGUUUUCGGAAUCCAGCUAUUUAUUGAUAACUAGGAGGAUUUUGCACGAACUGUUUUUGGAUGUGGAAUAUGCGAAGUGCUUUGAGGCGCCCAGGAAAUUGUUGGGUUUGAAGGAACCGGAGCGAAAAAGCACCGGCGAUAUCGACUUGAGUCCAACCGAAUUCAAAACGCUCGAUUCUUUGAAACUGAUCAGUUCCGAAAAUAAGUUUCCUAUACGGACUAGAACGAACACUGACUGAUAACUUUCGCCUCCUUUUAAUGUUUGUGAGAUUUUCCGUUUAGUUUUCCAACGUGAUCCCAUUAGUUUGGGCGUAGACAAGCUCGUCUCGAAGAAUGUCACAUACUUCCUAACUAACUGAAUUGAUUCAUACCUCUCUGCCAAUAUCAAUGCCUACACAGAUAAUGUUGUAUAUAUCUAUUUACAAUUAAACGGGUUUUGAAGUUGCGUU